GGAGAAUAACAGGAAACAUGAGGCUGCCUCUGCUAAGUGAGGAGGGCUGGCCUCCCGUAAUGAGAGGAAUCAGGUAACCGUGCGGCUCACACCGACCCUGUUCCUCCUCACACACGGGCUGUAAAGCCGCUCCAGGACCGGGGACACUAUCACCCUCUCCCCCCCCUCCGGAAGCUAACUUUCGAGGACUCUCCAGGAAGUUUGAACCUGUGACGCCGCGUCGUCCUGCUGCCUUCAAUGUGACGAAGGUGGCCGAAGCGCGAAGCGGAGCGAAGAGAACCGAGCCGAGCCUCCUCAGGUGCUGGGACUCGGUGUUGUUGCUCUUCCCUCUGGGCUGGAGGCAGGAUAUUUAUCCUCUUUGACUUUUAACCGGUGGUCGAGUUUUUUUUUCUUCUUUUUUUUAAACUUGGUGUAUUUUUUUAACGUAAGGCCAGGACGCAAAGCUUGAACAGGUGCCAGGAUGGAUGAGACCGAGAAGUACAAACAGCGACUGGAGGCGAUUGCUGAGAAGCGGCGGCUACAGGAAGAGCAGGACAAAGCCAGAAGAGAAAAGGAGGAUGAGAGGCUUAGACAACAACAGCUCAAGAGGAAGUCCUUAAGAGAUCAGUGGUUGAUGGAAGGAAGUCCUUUGUCUCCCUCGUCACCAAACACCCAGAACACCUUUUCCUCUCUGUGGGGAACACAGGACCAGGAUAUGGAAAAGCAAACGGACAAGUCGCAGUCGGACGAUCAGCAGGUGGCUGCACAGAAAGAUCACGCAACGGAGGCUGUAGAAGUGUCCAAGUAUCGAGCAGAAAACGUCCACAUUCUUUUGGAGAAUGGAGCUACCAUUCCACUAAGAUCGGAAACACCUGUUGAUGAAGUCAAAUUUGACCAGAAUCCACCAGAGAGUGAAGCUGCAGCGGUUCUGACCAACGGUGGAGGCCGAGGUGACGGAAACAGUGAUCACUGCCCCUCUGAGCAGGAUGAGAAUAACAUAACCGGACCUGUCGGAGCCACCAAGGAUACCGGCGUCAAGGCGGAGUCAGAGAGAGGAGUGACUGUGGCUGCAUUUGGUGAGGUUCCAAAUGCCAACACCAAGGAGGAGGAGGAGGGGGAGGACGAAGACGGGACCCUGGUGAUGAGAGCAGAGUGUGUGUACAUCACAGAGGAAGGGGAUGAUGUCUCUGGGGACCGUUCUUCUCUGAAGGACCAGCAGGAGUCCACACUGAAUCCAGAGGGAGGCCCCGAGGUGUUAGAGGUUAUUGAGCAGGCAGUAAAAACGGAAGGAGCUCCAGAAACGUCAGCAGAGUUGGAGAGUGAGGAAGCAGCUGAGCUUACUGUAGAAGCCCAACCCUCAUCAGAAGACGGAGGAGACACGAAAGGUGGCGCAGAACCAACCAACGACGCAGAGGAAGGGACAGAAGCUGAGGGCCGUGAUGAAAAACUGGAAGUCCCAGACGGCCCACAGCCGCAGUCGCCCACAGAUGCUCUAGAGGGCGCUACUGUGUCUUUAGUGCCCGUCUAUGCAGCCGCGGCGCCCUCCUCUCUCCUUCCAGAGACGGAGGCCGAGAGCAAAGCUGAGGAAGCCGUCAAAGUGGAGGAACCCGCCUGCAAGCCUGGUCAGUUCCAGGAGGUGCUGCUAGGUGAUCCCCAGGAGAACCAGAGCUCAGAGGCUGGAGAACAGGAGGCCCUUCUGCAGGAGGUCCACGCCUCCAGCCUGAAGGUAGAACCUGCAGGAUCCAACAUCCCGGCCAGUUCAGAGACACAGAGCCCAAGCAAAACUAGCCAGGGAGAGAAAUCUGAGAUGCCCAAGCAGAAAACCUGCCAGUGCUGCUCUCUCAUGUAAACUUUGCUGCUGUCCACUUGGUUUUAAGCAUCCAUUCCAUUUGUGUUGCACCUGUCCGUCACUCUGACAUGCUACAGCUUCCUAGGACUGAUUUUUAGACUUAAAGGGCCUCAUUAAGGAGAAGCUCGUUAUUUGGACCAACCAUUUUUAAAUUCUCUACAAACCAAGACUAAAACAUGGAGGACUUUGACUGUUCCGUUUGAGAGAACCUUCGUUGUUUUAGGCAUUAACUAGUUAGACUACAGGCUCCCCACAUUUUAGUUGCAGUAAAGUGUAAAAACAGUAUGGUAUCUGCAGUCGUAUAUUUAGCUGAAGCACAUAUUUUUCCCUUUGCUUUCAAGCUCAGUUGUUUGAUUCAUUUUGGCAUUUUAUGAGAAACACUAAUUAAUGCAAGUAAAACGUGGGACCCUUUGAUUUUUAUUUCAUCGGGAACGUUGUGGCAUCACAUGCACUAUUGGUUUUGUUCAUAGACUACUUGGCCCACCAGAUACGUUUUAAAUUCUGCCAGACACACACAUAUAUUUUUUGAAUACCUGAAAGUUUAAAAUGAGUAUUUCUGUGAACUGAUGUACAUACUGUAAACAAAAAUGCUUGUGGAACGCUGGAGCUCCGACAUGACUGCUGAUUGGGUUCCUGAUUAAACUAACUUUUGUUUUA